GGCCUUGUGGUGAUAAAGAUUCUUAGACAGAUACACUAACUAAACACAGUCUUUCGACCAAAAAAAAAGCAGUCUUGAGUUACCAAAAUGAAUCAGAAUGGCCCAAGUCAAUUGUGACUUUUUGAGUCUUUCUUUACUCUGGAGUCCCUGGUUGGGACCCAAACCUGAGCAUGCUUCUUCUUUGUGGAAAGUAACCAUCAUUGAACUUGGUGCUGCAUUCACAUCUAUAACCUGUUCUAUACUAAAGAAAAGAAAGCAACAAAACCUAUAACCUUUCUACAUUUUUCUUUCAUGUUUUUAGAGAGGCUGCGGAGUUAGAGCCAACCAAAAAAAAAAAACAUGAUCUGGGACUUCAUCUGGAUGUUGGUUUUCACCUUGUGUUACUGCUCCUUGGUGCACAGCUUGAACAAUACUGCCAGUGAGUCGAUAAAUUCUCAGGUUCAAGAUUUUGCUUUCAGGUCAAUGGCAAGACACCGGCAUCAAACUGGUGCUCUGUACGAUACUCUUCUUCCGCGGAACCUAUCUGGUAUGGAUGUUUCAGUAGUUCGUCUGAGAAGCCGGAGGCUCUGGAAUGAAGGUGCUAACUUUAGCUACUUUCGGAUCCCGUCAAGAACAGUUGCUAUCCCGCGUGUCAGGAGGGUGGCUAUUGCAUACCAGAACUUAGGUAACUGGUCUUCCCACUUCUACAAUUUGCCAGGUUACUCACUCAUCUCUUCUGUUGUUGGCUUCAUGGUUUUUGAUGCAUCAAAUGUAAGGGAUAAAAGUUUCAAAAAUCUCACUCUCAAUACAAUGGGGCAACCUAUAUCUAUUCAAUUCCCAAAUGUAAAAUUUAUGAGUGGAAUCAACUCAAAGGCUAGAUGUGUGGCUUUCUAUGGAAAUGGAACAUUUCAACUCACUAUGAUGAGCUCCCCUGGUGUAUGCCACUCAAGAGACCAGGGUCAUUUUUCAGUUGUUCUUCCAUUGGAGAAGAAGCGGCGACGGUGGUAUAUUUGGGUGAUUGUGUGUGUGCUUGGAAUUUUUGGUUUGAUAAUUUUAGGUUAUGUGGGAUUUUCAUCCAUGAGACUUCUCAAGACCAAAAAGAUUCAAGCCAUGGAAAAACAAGCUGUUGAGGACAUGGUUUUUGAAAGCAGAUGGGUCGGCGAUAGUAAAAUGCCUUCUGCAACAGUUACAAGGACUCAGCCGGUUCUUGAGAGCAUUGCUCCGUAAACCAUUAUGUUUUCUCGUUAUCGUUUUUUUUUUUUUUUUGCCAGUGCAUAUAUUACAAGGUUUGUUCCUUCUCAACAAUGAAGAAAGCAUUUGUAUUUUGAUCAUAAAUGAAGGAUUGUCUUCCUAGUUCCUAGAUAUUUCAAGAAUGACUCUUAUUAUUAGUCUCAUGUACUUACCUAAUUGUUUGAAAUAUGUUCUAUACCAAGGGCAUGAAUUGCCACAAGGAACACAUUACUAGCAAUCUUUGUGUUAGGUCAGUCCAUGCAAAGCUUUGCUCUGACUUUAAAUGGCACUCCGCUAGUAGAUAGUGGAAUUGAUUCCCUUGGAUUAGUCGGUCGCAAGACCGGAUACUAAGCUUUAAAAAAAAACAUUACUUACCUUUUUCUCAAUCGCAUGAAGCAAUUUGCAUUUGUUAAUUAGUCUCAUAGAACUGUAAAAGUCUAAGCAAUUUAUCUUUAAUAAAUAAAUGAAGGGGGAGAGGUGCGUAAACUCCAA